ACACAACUCAGCACCACGCCAGCGAAAUACCUGCCAUGUUACUACUAGUUUGUACUAAUUUUUAUCGGUCAAAAAGUCAAGGUCUCGGGAGCAGCGGCACGUAACUCUUGCAUCACAGACACACUGGAAAAUCACCAAACUGCUUAAACCUAGAUCUACGCUUUAUUCGCACGACACCAGUUCAGUGAAAGCAGUUCAAGCAAGCAGUUUCGCCGUUAGUUUGUUUGAGUAAAUUGAAGAUGCUAAGCCAGAUACAGAAGCCUUUGCAACAUACAGCUGUUGUUGUGACAAGAGCGCUCAGACAACACUCGACCAAAACUGCACCCGCUGUUGGCCCAGUAAAAAUUGGAUACCCCUCUGAGAAAGUUUUCAACAGAGAGGAUAAAUAUGGAGCCCAUAAUUACCAUCCCAUGCCAGUAGCCAUUAAGGAAGCCAAAGGUGUUUUCGUGUGGGACGUUGAAGGAAACAAAUACUACGACUUUCUUAGUGCCUACUCUGCUGUCAACCAGGGCCAUUGCCAUCCCAGAAUUAUUGCUGCACUUAAGAAACAGGCAGAUCUUGUGACAUUGACAUCCAGGGCCUUUUAUAACACCUGUUUGGGAGAAUAUGAGGAAUACAUCACAAAAUUAUUUGGAUAUGACAAAGUUCUGCCUAUGAAUACAGGUGUUGAAGGAGGUGAAACUGCUUGUAAGCUGGCUAGAAAGUGGGCCUACAAGGUGAAAAAAGUGCCAGAGAACCAAGCACGCAUCAUCUUUGCUGCUGGGAAUUUCUGGGGGAGAACUCUUGCUGCUAUUUCUUCAUCCACUGAUCCAUCCAGUUACAAGGAUUAUGGACCUUUCAUGCCAGGAUUUAGUGUGGUACCUUAUGAUGAUCUGCAAGCCUUGGAGAAAGAACUCCAGGACCCAAAUGUUUGUGCAUUCAUGUUUGAACCCAUCCAAGGGGAAGCUGGUGUGGUUGUGCCAAAAGAUGGCUAUUUAAAGGGUGUGAGAGAGUUGUGUACCAAGUACAAUGUCCUAAUGGUGGCUGAUGAAGUGCAGACUGGUCUUGGGAGGACAGGAAAACGGUUGGCUUGUGAUCACGAGAAUGUUCGUCCUGACUUGGUUAUUCUUGGCAAAGCUCUGUCUGGUGGAGUGUUGCCUGUUUCAGCUGUCCUGGCCGAUGAUAAAGUGAUGUUGACCAUCCUACCCGGUGAACACGGCUCAACAUUUGGUGGAAACCCAUUGGCUUGUAAAGUUGCACUUGAAUCUUUGCAGGUACUGGAGGAAGAAAAGUUGGCAGAGAAUGCAAAAAAUCUGGGUGAGAUUUUGAGGAAAGAGCUCAGGAAAUUACCUAAGGAUAUUGUCAGCCUUGUUAGGGGGAGGGGCCUGCUCAAUGCUAUAGUCAUCAACUCCAAUUACGAUGCAUGGGACGUGUGUUUAAAGCUGCGCGACAACGGACUGCUGGCCAAACCAACCCACGGAGACAUCAUCAGAUUUGCCCCACCCCUCGUCAUCACAGAGGACCAGUUGAGAGAGUGUAUUGACAUCAUUUCCAGGGUGGUUGUUGCCUUCAAGUAGAGCCAGACCUGUUGGUCAUCCAAGUUUGGAAGCAUUGAGUGUAGAAACAGUGGCAGAUAGUGCUGGGCUCACCUGUAGAUGUUAUCUGAGUGGCGUGAAGAGUUGACUAGCUCAUACCUAGAAAACAUAUAACGUGACCAAUGCAAUAUUGUAUUCUUUUUGUGAUUAUUUGGAGUAUUUAUUAAGUUUAAAUGCUAUAUAUUUGUCUCUAUUUAUGACUGCACAUUACUCGUGUCAUUUUUCAUCAUUUAAUUUUGUUUCAGAUGAUUAUCUAUUUUAUUUCUUUCAAAUGUUUCGUAUACCUGAAGGAUGGUAUUUUACAAUCAUAAUGUUUAUUCUAAUUGUCUUUCCUCUGAUAAUGAUCUCCAAUGUCAACAAAUAUUUCACAUAGGGCUAUAUAUAUUGUUAUGGUUGUGAACUUAUAGUGGUUGGCUAGUAUCAAGUUUCAUGAAUUAUUAAAAGUCACUAGUUAUUUCUCUUAACAAACUAAAGAAAAUUGUUCUGGUAAAUUUAAUCCAUAAUAACAGCCAGUAUAAAUCUGUAAAUAUGCUCUAACAUAUAAAUAAUCUGUACAAAUUGCCUAGUUUAAUUAGUUCUGUACAGUUCCAAGUUGUUAAAAGGAAAUUUAACCUAAAGAAGGAAAAAUGACUUUUUAUUGUAUUUUAGUCAGAAAUCGUGAUAAUUUAUUAUUUUACUUGUACAUUUAACCCCAAAUUUAUUCAAAUUUGAAAUUCUUCUUCAAGUGAAAAUUGCUUCAGACUUUGGUAUUUAGCUUUACAAAUGGUUGUUUUGCUUUUUUUGCCCGUUUCUUUUACAAUGGUCUAUUAACUUUAAAUCAUGUGCUUUUCCAAUAAAUCCUUAAGAGUUUAACAGAAUUUUAUCCAAUUUGAGAUUGUUAUAUAAUCUAAAUUUGAUUAUCCACUUUGUGGUUUGUUUGAAUUGAUAUGUAACAUAUCUUUUUGAGAUCAAAGUAAAUGUAUUUUUUAAAUACUUAUAGUCUGGUUGAAGUAAAAACAUUCCAGGUAUAACAUGCUAAUUUUGAUAAUUUUUUUCUAAGUACUAAUUUUUCGUAAUAAGUAGGUCGUUGUGAAAUAAUUCUAUGAAAACCUGGCUAUCUAAAAUUUAGAAAUAAGUUGUUUAAUGAAGAUUACGCCUUAGUUAUAAAUAUGUUGUCUUAGUUUUGUAAAUAUUUCAAAGAAUAUUGAAGAGCUUUAAAUUUUUUUUAUCUUUAUCUUUAAAUUUUACAAUAUUAUUUGUGAAAAUGUAUAGAAAGAUCUGUAGGCACUUGCUGAAGUUAAUAAUUUCUUUAAGUUUUCUAAGUAGGCUGCAAAAUAGGAAGCGAAUUCGACAUUUUAAUUUAUAAUAAACUAAAACUUUAGAUAAAAUUUAAUUUAUUUCAUGCAAUGUUGCUGUUUUCACCUUUCGAUUAUAUAUAUUCAUUGAUUGGCUUUUUGUGUACAGACUUUUGACUUUAAGUUCUUGGUUUUUGUUAUCAAACAAACUGCUUUAUGGAAUUUGGGAGAUAAAAGAACACAAAUUCAGUAUUAUUUGACUAUUUAAAUUUACGUUGUAAUUUUUAAAAAGUUGGCAGUUAAAAUGUUUUUUGUAUAGUUUAAAAUACUACAAUAGAUAAGAACUUGCUCAAUAAGCAUGUUAACAUAAUAUUCAAGGAUUUUGUAUAUAUUUUUGACGAAGAAAAAACAUUUAAGCAAUAUCUACAGAU